AUGGCUUUGCAGGAUGUGUGCAAGUGGCAGGCCCUUGACAUCCAGGCACCUUCCCCUCAUCUGCCUCCAGUCGGGGGCUGGGCUGUGCCCCCGGGCUGCGACCCUCAGUCCUUCCUGCGGAUCCAUGGCCCCAGCCUGGCCCACGGCACCACCACCCUGGCCUUCCGCUUCCGUCAUGGCGUAAUUGCUGCAGCCGACACACGUUCCUCCUGUGGCAGCUAUGUGGCCUGUCCAGCUUCUCUCAAGGUCAUCCCUGUGCACCAGCACCUCUUGGGCACCACCUCUGGCACCUCAGCCGACUGUGCUACAUGGUACCGGGUGCUGCAGCGAGAGCUGCGGCUUCGGGCUCUGAGGGAGGGCCGGUUGCCCAGUGUGGCCAGCGCAGCCAAGCUCUUGUCAACCAUGAUGUCCCGCUACCGGGGGCUGGAUCUGUGUGUGGCCACUGCCCUGUGUGGCUGGGACCGCUCUGGCCCUGCUCUCUUCUAUGUGUACAGUGACGGCACCUGCCUGCAAGGGGACAUCUUUUCUGUGGGCUCUGGAUCUCCCUAUGCCUAUGGCGUGCUAGACCGUGGCUACCGCUAUGACAUGACCACGCAGGAAGCCUACACUCUGGCCCGCUGUGCUGUGGCCCACGCCACCCGCCGUGAUGCCUACUCAGGGGGCUCGGUGGACCUUUUCCAUGUGCGAAAGAGCGGAUGGGAGUAUGUGUCACGCAGUGACGCCUGUGUGUUAUAUGCAGAGCUGCAGAUGCUUCCGGAACCAGCCCCCGAGGGUGAGCCCAGUGAGGCCCAGCCUGAGCCUGUCAUUCCUCUUGGAGCUGGGGAAGGCAGAGAAUUCCCUGUGGGCCCAAGGGAGGCACCACCAGAAGACCCCAAGAUGCCAGCAGAGGCUAAGAGGCUGUGA